UCCAGCCUGGCAGUACCAACAAUUACAGGCAGAACUGCUUCUCCGCCUCCGCAUAUGACCUUCCUUUCUGCUGACUCUGCUCUUGUUGAUUGUGUGCCAGCUCUUUCACUCCUCGCUCGUAGUUGGUGGCAUCGUCCAGCAUGAACUUCGCGGAGCUGAACUCUACGACCAAGGCCGUCGCAGGCUUGGCCGUAUUGUACGUCCUCUACCAAAUCGCCACCUCAGUCGACUUAUGGAGCAAGCGACGAGCAUUGAAGCGCGAGAAAGGCUGCUUGGAAGCUCCCAAGUGGCCACAAAAAGAUCCCAUCUUUGGGCUGGACGCCUUCUUCGAGAACAUCGCCGCGCUCAAGGCCCAUAAGAUCCUGGAAAUAAGCACCGAUCGCUUCCGGCAAGCUGGAGCAAAUACAUUCCAGAUCAUAGCUCUUGGUCGGCGCAUCCAUACGACGAUCGAGCCUGAGAACCUCAAAGUCAUCCAAGCCAUAGACCACAAGAAAUGGAGUCUGGGCACCCGCCGCAAGAUCGGAUUUCGUCCUCUGCUAGGCGAUGGCAUCUUCACAACCGAUGGCGCUGAUUGGAAGCACUCCCGCGAAAUGCUCCGACCAAGCUUCGUCAGAUCUCAGGUUGGCGAUGUGGCAACCUUCGAGAAGCACGUCUCGAAACUCAUUGCGACAAUCAAUCCAACGCAAGAAGUGGACUUGUCUGAACUUUUCUUUCGUCUUACAAUCGACAGCGCAACGGAGUUUUUGUUCGGCGAAUCGACGGAUUCGCUCUCCAAAAAUACCAAUGACGGUUUCGCCGAGGCUUUCACCCUGUCACAAGAUUUCAUAGCUAAUCUGUCCCGCUGGGGUUCAUGGGCGAAGCUAUUCCCCGCGAACAAGCGUUUCCAGAAGGACAAGGAGUUCGUCCACAACUUUGUCGACUAUUAUGUGCAGAAAGGUCUCGCCAAGCGGAACGAGCUGCUAGCCGAGAAAGACAAGGCCGAAAACAAUGGCCGAUACGUCUUCAUCGAUGAGCUAGUCCGACAAACAACUGAUCCUAUCAGGAUCCGGAGUGAACUUCUGAACAUUCUACUUGCAGGCCGCGACACUACUGCCAGCCUUCUAUCCAAUACCUGGUUCAUGCUCGGCAAAAGACCAGACAUGUGGGCCAAGCUGCAAGCGGAAGUCGCUCAACUCAACGGUGCUCAGCCGUCAUUCGAGCAACUCAAAGAGUUGAAAUACCUCAAAGCAUUGCUCAACGAAUCACUUCGACUUCAUCCCGUGGUACCCAUGAACAGCCGUGAAGCUAUCGAGGACACAACUCUUCCCGUAGGCGGAGGUCCCGAUGGUUCUGCGCCGCUCUUCAUCCCGAAAGGUGAAGUCGUGGCGUGGAACGUCUACGCCAUGCACCGAAGAAAAGACUACUACGGCCAGGAUGCCGAAGAGUUCAAACCUGAGCGAUGGCUCGAUGACCCCGAGACAGGCAGGAAAGGUCUGCGGCCCGGAUGGGAGUACUUGCCUUUCAAUGGCGGAGCACGAAUUUGUCUCGGACAACAAUUCGCAUUGACAGAAGCCAGCUACACGACUGUACGGCUCUGUCAAGCCUUCUCCAGCCUCGAAGGACGAGAUCCAGAGCCCUGGACCGAAGGCCUCACUCUAACAUGCACAAGUUUCAACGGCACCAAAGUGAUUCUGACACCACGAUCGUAGGCAGCUCUUUGCUCGAUCCCUGCAUUCUGCUUUGCGGCGGCUGCAGAUAUAUGUACAGCUCAUUGACGACGAUCACGACUUCUUCGAUAAUAACAACGCACACAAUCUUAAUGGGCAAACGAUCGCCCCUCACUCGCUUAUUUCACAAUUUCAGUCUUCAAGUCCUGCGGCCAGUACGGCUUGUCGUAGCCAUUGCCUCGAGUGCCGACGUUGUAUUCCAGCUUGAC